AUGGAUAGACUUCAGUCUCAAAGGCAGCCAGGUGCGCCUAUUGCUACUAGAAGUUCUGUUUUAGGAUCAAUUUUGCCUGUUCAUCAGCGCAACAAUAUUUCAAACAACGCCAUAAACUCUACUUUACCAGUGGGGAAUGCAGGAAGCGAUAAGCUUAAGCUUGUUAUUCGGCUUUUACCUCCCGAUAUAGAUGAAAAAUGGUUGAUGGCGUUACUGAGGGGUGUUGCCAAUGACGAUACCUUACAGUCCUACUACUUUGUACAGGGGCACGUUUCACGCAAAAGCUUGUUAAAGCAAUACAAGUUUUCAUCUAAGCCGGUUGUAUACUCGCGGCUUUAUUUGAAUAUGAGGAGCCCAGCUGCAGUUGCAGCCUUGGUUAAGGAGUACCACACGUCAGUUUUGCUUUCCAUAAUGUUAAAGAUUGAGCAGGAUUUAGACGAUGCCACAGAUGAUUUGCCUGGGUCUUCCUCACUGAAAUCAGAAUCAGGGUUCUCGACACCAUCAGGCCAGUCCAAGCGUCAUAUAGUUAAGCCGAUUAUAGAGUAUGCCCCGUUACAGUUAAAGCUCAAGGCGUCUAAGGGUCAUCCGCUUGAAGGUACGAUUGAUACUGACGAGGAUUACCUCAAGUUUGUGGAUGAAUGCGAAGCUGAAAAGAAGGACAAGGAGCAAUCGCUUGAAGAGUCUAAAAAGGACGCUGAGGAAGAUGAAGAGAAAGAAAGCAAGGAAAGUGGGGAGAAUGAAAAGGUGAUUAAGCUUGAUCCCAAGGCUCCAACAUUGGUGUCUAUGGAAACAUUAAAGGCAGUUAAGGCCAAGCUGGGUACAUCGGCAACAUUGACAGGAAAUGGGGUGGAAGAAGCACCAUCACCACCACCACCAUCAGCCAAGUCAAAGGGGGGUAAGAAAUCCAAAAAUAAGGAUUCAGGAGAUGGGAAAAAUAAAGGCUCGAAUGAGGAGCAGCCCAAGAAGAAGAAGAUUUUGGAACGACCGUCAAGUGCAAAGAGAGGGAAUAACAAUGGCAGUGGUGGCAAUAAUAAAAACAACAACAGCAAUAAUAAUAAUGAUAAUAAUAAUAAUAAUAAUAAUAGUAACGGGAAUAAGGAAAAGGAGAAGGGAGAGGCAUCGGCUAAUGGUGAGCCGAGUAUACCUAAGGAUCCUGCAUCGCAACAACAGCAGCAGUUGAAGGAUGAUGGGAAGAAGAAACGUCGACGACGUGGUAAGGGGAAGAAGGAAGAGGAUGGAGGAUCAGGAUCAGGAUUAGGAUCAACAGGAGCCAAUGGAGCAGACACGGGUAAGCCUGAAGGUGAGAAUGAUGGGACAAGCAAGAACAGAAGCAAGCAGCAGCAGCAGCAGCAGCAGCAGCAGCAAGGCGGUGGUGGUGGAAGUAAUAAGAGCAAGAAGACCGAUGAGAAGACAAGUAGUGGUGGUGUGAAUGCUGGUGCGUCAUUUUCAGGGGAUGGGGUGUCCAAGAAGACGGUAGAUGGAGUGGCUGGUAUGAUGGAGAAACCUGUUGCACUGCCUAAAGGGCCGGCCUCGAUCAGCAGUGGUGGGAACAACAACAAUAAUAGCAAUAAUGCUCACAAUAAUGUUCACAGUAAUGUUCACAGUAAUGCUCACAAUAAUGCUAAUAAUGGAGGCGGGGGAUUGAAUGCAGGAGACAAGAAAAAACGACGAAGUCGGAAUCGCAAGGAGAAGAAGGAAGGAGAUGGAGAGCCAGGGGGAGGUGGAUCGAAUGGACGGAAUGAUUAUGCGGCUUCUGGUUUGUCAUUGCCUUCAUCUAGAGCAGCAGCAGCAGCAGCCGCAACAGCAUCAUCAUCAUCAUCAAACGUGGGGGAUUUACAUGUAGUACCUUUACCUGUUUCCACUCCAAAUGCUCCAGGAUCCAAGCAUGAUGGACCUCGUCGGGGGCCUCGCGAACGUGGAAUGACGAGAGAUAAGGGAGCUUUUUCUUCUUCUUCUUCUUCUUCUCCUUCGUUUUCUUCUACAGUUAUAGCUACAGGGUCUGUUGGACCAUCAGGGUUGGUAAUUCCAAGCGGUCCCGGAGGAGGAGGCAAUGGCAAUGGCAAUGGCAAUAAUAAUGGCAAUAAUAAUGGCAAAAGCAAUGGCAAGUUCCGUGUCAGUAGCCGGUCUAGUGGGCCCAAUAACGGUGGAGGAGCCAAAGAAGGCAAUGGUCCACGUGCUUCUAAUCGCCCACGGGGGCCACGAAGAAAUGGCAGUGAUGGUGGGCCAGGCAACAAUGGCAAUGGCAAUGGCAAUGGCAAUACUAAUACUAAUACUAAUACUAAUACUAAUACCAAUGUCAAUGGCAAUACCAAUGGCAAUGCCAACAGCAGCAGCAGCAGCAGCAGCAGCAUUAGUGGCAGCACAAAGGCAUCGAAUUAG